GCGGGGCUGCAUCCCCGCCGGGCUGGCGGUCGGAAGGAGCGGAGUGGUCAUUCGCCCCCGACCGAGGUCACGCUUUGGCGGGCAUACCGGACUUCCACAGACAGGUCUCUGGAGUUCGGCCUGUGUGUGACAAUGGAGCCAGGGGCCAUGUUUCAGUUCGCCAUCGACAGGGGUGGAACCUUCACUGACGUGUUUGCCAGGUGUCCCGGGGGGAAGGUCCGCGUCAUGAAGCUGCUCUCUGAAGAUCCAGCCAACUACCGGGACGCCCCGACCGAGGGUAUCCGGAGAAUCCUUCAGGAGGAAUGUGGGGUGCCUGUGCCGAGAGAUCAGCCCGUGGACACCUCGCGAAUCGGCUGGAUCCGGAUGGGGACCACUGUCGCCACCAACGCGCUGCUGGAGCGGAAGGGGGAGAGGAUUGCGCUCCUGAUCACCAAGGGAUUCCAGGACUUGCUGCACAUUGGUAACCAGUCGCGGCCAAGGAUAUUCGACUUGGAGAUCACCAUGCCCGAGGUGCUGUAUGAGGAGGUGAUCGAGGUUGAGGAGCGAGUGGUUUUGCAGCAGGCGGGCUGCCAGUUGACCAAGCCAGACGGAUUGGAGGUUUUCACUGGAUCCACGGGAGAGCGGGUGGAGGUGUGGAGGAGUGUGGACCUGGUACAGCUGGAGGCUGAGCUGAAAGCCGUUUUGUCGAGAGGCAUCCGUAGUCUCGCUGUGGUGCUCUUGCAUUCCUACACGUGGCCUGAGCACGAGCGGCAGGUUGGUGAGCUGGCGAGGAGGUUGGGCUUCCAGCACGUCUCGCUGUCCUCGGAGGUGAUGCCCAUGGUCCGGGUGGUACCCCGGGGCUACACCGCCUGCGCUGAUGCCUACCUCACCCCCUGCAUCAGGAGGUACAUCAGCGGCUUCCGCACCGGCUUCCAGGACACUCUCAAGGACAUGCGGGUUCUGUUCAUGCAGUCAGACGGGGGCCUCACCCCCAUGGACAAGUUUAACGGGUCUCGGGCAAUCCUGUCUGGACCAGCCGGAGGGGUCGUAGGCUACGCAGUCACCACGCACGGAUGGGCUGGAGCAGAGGCUGUCAUCGGCUUCGACAUGGGCGGCACGUCAACAGACGUGAGUCGAUAUGCCGGCAAGUUUGAGCACGUGUUUGAAGCCACGACUGCGGGGGUCACCAUCCAGGCCCCUCAGCUGGACAUCAAUACGGUCGCGGCGGGCGGAGGCUCUGUGCUUUCCUUCAGGUCGGGACUGUUUGCCGUUGGUCCGGAGUCGGCUGGAGCACACCCAGGUCCUGCGUGCUACAGGAAAGGCGGUCCUCUCACCAUCACCGAUGCUAACCUCUGUUUGGGGCGACUGUUGCCGGACUAUUUUCCCAAGAUCUUCGGGGCCACUGAGGACCAGCCACUGUGGAGGGAAGGGGCCCUCAAGGAGUUCCGGAAGGUCACAGAGCAGGUCAACGCCUUCCUGUCCAGCCAAUCGCAACGUGGCGAGGUGAAGGGCGCCGGCCAAUCGCAAAUGACCGUGGAGGAAGUGGCCCUCGGGUUCAUCCGGGUGGCGAAUGAGUCAAUGUGCCGACCUAUCCGAGCUCUGACCCAGGCCAAAGGCCACGACACUUCGCGGCACAUGCUAGCGUGUUUCGGUGGAGCCGGAGGGCAGCACGCCUGUGCCAUUGCCCGGUCCCUGGGGAUGAAGACGGUCUUUAUUCACAAGUACAGCGGGAUUCUCUCGGCCUAUGGGAUGGCGCUGGCGGACGUGGUGCACGAGGCGCAGGAGCCUUGCUCGCUGGUGUACGAGCCAGCCUCGUACCCCCUGUUGGAUCAGCGGAUCUCCGCGCUGGAGGAGCAGUGCGUGGGUGCCCUGCUUGCCCAGGGGUUUCACAGGUCGCAGAUCCAGACAGAGGCAUUCCUACACAUGCGGUACGAGCACACAGACUGCGCCCUAAUGUGCUCUGCCUGUGACCACCCUGCCCGCCCGGGUUCCGACUCCUGUCGUCAUGGAGACUUCCGAACAGCAUUCACCAGCAGGUACUUGAAGGAGUUUGGCUUUGUGAACCCGGAGAGGCCGGUCAUCGUGGACGACAUCCGUGUCCGAGGCUGCGGCAAAUCUGGCAUCGGCUCGGAGCAGAGGGUGACCAGCAGUGGGAGACCAGCUCGUAUGGAGACGGAAGUGAAGUGUUACUUUGACGACGGUUACCUGGAUACAGCUGUCUACCUGCUGGAGGAGCUGUCAUGUGACCACACCAUCGCUGGGCCUGCAGUUAUCAUUGAUAAGAACAGCACCAUCCUGGUUGAACCGGACUGUGUGGCGGCCAUCACCCAGUACGGUGACAUCAAAAUCACCGUGGGCAGCGGCAAGAUGCGAGCAAUCGGGCCGGAACUGGACACAGUCCAGCUGUCCAUCUUCUCCCACCGCUUCAUGAGCAUUGCAGAGCAAAUGGGCAGAAUCCUGCAGCGAACCUCCAUCUCCACCAACAUCAAGGAGCGACUGGACUUCUCGUGCGCCCUGUUCGGGCCAGACGGCGGCCUGGUCUCUAACGCCCCACACAUCCCCGUGCAUCUGGGUGCCAUGCAGGAGACAGUGCAGUUCCAGAUUAAUCACUUGGGCAGCAAAAUCAAGGAGAACGACGUGAUCCUCAGCAACCAUCCUCAUGCGGGCGGAAGCCACCUCCCCGACCUGACUGUGAUCACGCCGGUCUUCCGAAGGGGUGUCUCCUGCCCGGUGUUCUUCGUGGCGAGCCGUGGGCAUCACGCAGACAUUGGAGGCAUCACACCAGGGUCCAUGCCCCCACACUCCAAGUCCUUGCAGGAGGAAGGGGCUGUCUUCACAUCCUUCAAGCUGGUGGAGAACGGAGUCUUCCAGGAGGAGGCUGUUACCCAGGCCCUCAAAGCUCCAGCCCAGAUUCCAGGCAGCAGCGGCACCCGCAAUCUCCAUGACAACCUGUCGGACCUGCGGGCACAGGUAGCGGCCAAUCAGAGAGGGAUCCAGCUGGUGAACGAGCUGAUUGACACCUACGGGCUGGAGGUUGUCCAGGCGUACAUGGUGCACAUUCAGGACAAUGCAGAAAUCGCAGUAAAGAAGAUGCUGAGGGAAUUUGCUCAGCAACGUCGGCAGAGCGACAGAGAGCUGGUGGUGGGCGCAGAGGAAUUCAUGGAUGACGGGACUCCAAUCAGGUUGACAGUGAAGAUCGACGAGGCAAAGGGAUCGGCCGUGUUUGAUUUCACAGGCACCGGACCAGAAGUAUUUGGGAAUUGCAACGCCCCUCGAGCAAUCACCCUGUCGGCGCUCCUCUACUGUCUCAGGUGUAUGGUGGGGCAGGAUAUACCCCUCAACCAGGGCUGCCUCACCCCAGUGAAGAUCGUCCUUCCGAAGGGCUCCAUCCUCGACCCGUCGCCGGGGGCCGCCGUGGUGGGGGGUAACGUACUGACCUCACAACGGGUGGUGGACGUCAUAUUCAAGGCGUUCAGAGUCUGCGCGGCCUCCCAGGGCUGCAUGAAUAACAUCACGUUCGGCAACGAGCGGGUAGGCUACUAUGAGACUGUUGCUGGAGGGUCUGGAGCAGGCCCAGGGUGGGACGGCCGAGGAGGGGUGCACACCCACAUGACCAACACGCGGAUCACAGACCCUGAGAUCCUGGAGAAAAGGUAUCCCGUGGUCCUGAGGAGGUUUGAACUGAAGCCUGGUUCAGGGGGUAGAGGACGUCACUGUGGAGGUGAUGGAGUCAUUCGGGAACUGCUCUUUCGAGAGAACGUCAUUCUCUCGGUGCUGACAGAACGCCGAGCUUUCCAACCCUAUGGACUAGACGGAGGGGAGCCUGGAGCACGAGGACUCAAUCUGCUGAUCCGCCAGGACGGGAGAACCAUAAACCUCGGUGCAAAAACAUCCAUCACCAUCGGGCCUGGGGACACUUUUCAGUUGCACACUCCCGGAGGUGGAGGCUGGGGUUCCCCCGAGGAUGCGGCAGGGACGCACAAAGUUCCUUCAGGAUCCAAGCCAGCGAGCCACAGGCCAGGCACCACCACACUUCAGCACGGAAGUGUCUUUGAGCAUAAACAAAUGCAAGAGUCCGCGUGACCUGGAAGAACCCCGCUCGCUCCUCAGUAACUCCUCCAGUCGAGAGUUUAUGGUGCAGAAGGGACAAUGGUGACAAACUCUGACAUCUACAUUUAAUUCAGUUUCUGUACCGUGUGGGUCAAAUAUCACCAGUAUCUUGAUAACUAUCUUGUGAAGGAAAAUGAAAUGAUUGUUACUCCAGAUCUGAUGCAGCACAAAAAAAAGAUGAAGAACACAAUCAAAAUAUUAAAAAAACA